AUGGAUAAUUUUUUGGAUAAUUUAAUCCCAUAUCAGGGCAAUGAAGGCUUGGAAGCCAAAGAUUUGAUAUUCAGAAACUAUAUCCCAAAGAAUGAUUCUUUAAAAGAGUUUAUAGUGCAUGCUCCGACAACAGUAGCUGAAACAGAACUUGAGAUAGAAAGAGAUAUCAAGCAAUCUGUAAGGGAGUUUAAUAUGCAGCAAGAAGAACCUCUGACAAUUAUACCACAAAAGCCUAAUAUGGACUUAAAAAAGAGCUUAGAUCGAAAGCUAAAUGUGCUUAUCUCUCUCUUUCGAGGCAAGCAAAAUUUUUUUUAAUCUCACACUAAAAUCCUUUUUCGUAAAAAUUAAUUUAUAAUUUAUGUUCUAGAGUGCAAGUGGUUAAAAAUAUAAUACAUUUGAUUAUAUACCAAAAUAUUUUUUCUCAUUACGAAGUUUUUUUCCAAAAAAUAAGGAUUUUUCCAAAGGUUUUGCUCGCUCAGACGGGAGGAUUUAACAAGAAAACAGAAGCUGCUAUCAUUCAGCUAUUAAAAAACAAAUUGUCAGAAAAAAAUAAAUAA